UUUCUGGUGAGUGGAUUUGGGUUCCUCUGUUCACGGUCAAGGGAUCUGAUUCAUGUCUGAAGGCUUGAGGUGAGGACCAUGUUCCUGUUCCCAUCACUCCUUCUCCUGGGUGUGGUCACAGCAGCUUAUGCAGAGUCUAUUAUAGAAGGUGCUCAAAGUACCUGCCCUGUGAUUGCCUGCGGUUCUCCAGGCCUGAAUGGCUUCCCAGGCAAAGAUGGACGUGAUGGUGCCAAGGGAGAGAAGGGAGAACCGGGUCAAGGGCUCAGAGGCUUGCAGGGCCCUCCUGGAAAGGUAGGACCUGCAGGAUCCCCAGGGAUUCCUGGGCCAAAAGGAGACGAGGGGCCAAAAGGAGCAGUGGGACCAGAAGGAGCAGUGGGGCCAAAGGGAGCAGUGGGGCCAAAGGGAGCAGUGGGGCCAAAAGGAGACCCCGGAGAGCGUGUCGAAUAUGACACUAGAGAAAUUGAUGCAGAAAUCGCAGCUCUGCAAUCAGAGCUGAGAGGCUUUAAGAGGUGGGUGCUCUUCUCUACGAGUGGACAAGUCGGAAGGAAGUUCUUUGUGAGCAGUGGUAGAAAGACGAACUUUGACGGAGCGAAGGCUCUGUGCGCCCUAAUACAGGCCUCUGUGGCCACUCCCAGGAAUGGUGAGGAAAACAGCGUCCUCCAGAACGUGGCUAAAGACAUCGCCUACCUGGGCAUAACAGAUAAGAGGAUUGAAAACCGGUUUGAGGAUUUGACAGGCAGCAGAGUGCACUACACUAACUGGAAUGAGGGUGAGCCCAACAACACCGGCCUUAAGGAACACUGUGUGGUGCUCUUGUUGGAUGGCAAGUGGAACGAUGUCCCCUGUGACGACACCUUUUUAGCAGUCUGUGAAUUCUCUGAGUGAGGGGCUUUCCUUCUCAGUCCUCCUGGAUCUUUUACUGUGCUCCAUAAGUCCACAAUUUGUUCUGAAAUAUAAAAUAUAUACUAUUAAACAUUAGCUGCCCAAUUAAACUACAACCCUUUUUCUGAAUAGUAUUUUCUUGUGAAGGUGCAAAAAAUAAAAUGAGCUUGGUCUUUUCAUUUAUGAUGAA